GACCCUGGCUGCGCGGCGGCGGGCGGCGGGCGGCGGGCGGCGGGGAACCAUGACAGAAGAUGACCGAGGCGGCGCUGGUGGAGGGCCAGGUCAAGCUGCGGGACGGCAAGAAGUGGAAGACUAGGUGGCUGGUGCUGCGCAAGCCGUCGCCCGUGGCAGACUGCCUGCUGAUGCUGGCCUACAAGGACAAGUCGGAGCGAGCCAAGGGCCUCAGGGAGCGCAGCAGCCUGACGCUGGAGGACAUCUGUGGCCUGGAGCCCGGCCUGCCCUACGAAGGCCUGGCCCACACGCUGGCCAUCAUCUGCCUGUCCCAGGCUGUCAUGCUGGGCUUCGAUAGCCGUGAGGCCAUGUGCGCCUGGGAUGCCCGGAUCCGCUACGCGCUCGGCGAGGGGACAUCCCUCCAGCUGUCAUGGGGCAGUGGAAGCUGUCCGACCUCCGGCGCUAUGGGGCUGUGCCCAAUGGAUUCAUCUUUGAAGGCGGGACCAGGUGUGGGUACUGGUUCGCUCCGGGUUCCCGCGUUCUCCAUCUGGUGGCCCCUGGGCCCAUUCUGCAGCGGUCCCGCCCCGUGGAUGCUGGGGCCGGGCCGACACGGGGUCUGGCCUCCCUCUGCAGGGGCCGGAGUCUUCUUCCUGUCCUCGGCCGAGGGAGAGCAGAUCAGCUUCCUGUUCGACUGCAUUGUCCGCGGCAUCUCCCCGACCAAGGGCCCCUUCGGGCUGCGGCCGGUUCUCCCAGACCCGAGCCCCGGGGGUCCUGCCGCUGCAGAGGAACGUGUGGCCCAGGAGGCCCUGGAGGCCCUGAGGCUGGAGAAGCGGCUCAGCCUCCUGUCGCACGCCGGUCGUCUGGGUAGCGGAGGGGAUGACCGCAGCCUGUCCAGCUCUUCCUCAGAGGCCAGCCACUCGGAUGUCAGCGCCGGCGGCCGCCUCACCGCAUGGCCAGAGCCUUCCUCGUCCUCGGCCAGCACGUCGCAGGAGGGUCCAGGGCUGGCCGCCGCCCAGGCCUCUGCGGAGACCGUGCCGGGCACCUCCAGGCCGCCCCCCAAGCCGCUGCGGCCUCGGCAGCUGCAGGAGGUCGGCCGCCAGAGCUCAUCGGACAGCGGCAUCGCCACGGGCAGCCACUCCUCGUACUCGGGCAGCUUCUCCUCCUGCGCCGGCAGCAGCCUGGACGUGUGGCGCGCGGGCGACGAGUUCGGCUCCCUGCUCAGCCUGCCGCCUGCGGCCGGGGGGUGCGAGCCCAGCCUGUGCGCCUGCCCGCCGGGGACAGCCGAGUACCAGGUGCCCACGGCCCUGCGGCACCAUUAUGACACGCCGCGCAGCCUGCGCCAGGCCCCCGGGGACCAGACCUCGGCUGUGCAGGGCAGCCUGGACGAUGGUGGGGCCGGGGACUCGGGUGGCCAGAUGUCCGCGGGGUGUCCCUCCGGCUGCCUGGGCGCGAGGCGGCGGGGACAGGUGGCGGAGGGCCCGGGCAGCGAGGCCCCUGUCGAGACCUGGGAGGCAGGCAGCCCCCAUGCAGGGCCUCCUCCAGCUUUCUUUUCCACCUGUCCGGCCUGUGGAGGACUCAAGGUAAACCCCCCUCCCUGAGAGCCACAGCUCAGGUUCGCUGCUGCGGGGAGGGGAAAGGGUGCCCUCGGUGCUGUUGGUGAGGCACAGGGGGGAGGGCCUGGGGGGAGGGGUGACAGUCCCAGAGGCUGCCCUCUGGGGAGUGGAGCCUGCAGGGAGGGCCCCCAGGACUUGGAGAGGGCGACUAGCCUGCAGCUCAAGUGCCUUCUGGAAAGUGGGAAGCUCUGGGUGGAGCAGGCUGGGGGCGUGUACAGUCCCAAAGCCUGAGGAUGGGGUGCAGGGGACCCAGGCUGGUGCUGUGUCCCAGCCGGCUUUAGCCAGGCCCUCGGGGUGAUCAGGGCUGGGAGGCCCCUCGCGGGCCGCAGCCACCUCCCGUCCAGUUCCCCUGCCUACCCGCUGGAUGGCCAUUCUUACUUCUCAGAUACAUCCCUUCCGUGGUGCACAGUCAGGUCAUCUGCUAAAAAUUAGCUUCCUCUGCAGCAGCUGCAGACCCAGAUUCCCGGGACAGGAGCGUGGCACGGUGCAUGUAGGACGAGCUUUACCUGUCCACUGCACACCUCUGUGAAGCAGCGCCACGGGUGGCCCGUCUUACAGGGGAGGAAACUGAGGCUCAGGAGGCGCAGGGACUUGUGGGGUCUGGGUCUCAUGACUCAAGAACCUCCACUGCUCACCCACCAGCCUGUUCCUCAACCUGCAGGCUCCCGGGCCAGGGGUGGGCAGGCAGCAAGGUGGUGACACCAGGAGGCCCCUGGGAAAACUCUGGAAGCUGCGCCUCACCCCCUCCACCCUCCUGGCUGAGCUGCAAGGCUAGGGGUCAGGACCAGAGGGGCUGGGGCUCCAAGGCCCAUCCGUUUGCGUUUGGAGGCACGUGGGUCGCCCGGAGUAGAGCUGCUUCCGGCGCCCUCCGUGGCCUGUCUGCUCGCCUGCAUGGGGUGCAGCUGCGUUGCCUGGUUUCCUACAUUGUUCUGCAGUUUCGUGCACCCCAAGAGGCGGGCCGGUGCCCGUGCGGCUCGGGACCUGGGCUGGCGCCGUCCUGCGCUGUCUGGCACCCGCCCCCAUCCAGGGGGCCAACGGCUCACCUGUAAAUAUUUUGCUUUGUACCUUUACCGUCGGCUAAAGACCUUUGUUGCUCUUUUACAUUUUUAAAAUCGGACCUGUUUGUAAUACAUUCUUAGAUUGGAAAUAAAAUUUUCUUUUCUUAC